AUAUUUGGGCCAGAGAAUUUUGUUGUAAGUUAAAUAAUGCUUUUUGUUGACAAUAUUAUAACGCAGUAUGAAGUCAAAAAUUAUUGUACCAAUUGCGAAUUUUGUUCAAUAUGCAGAUUGUCGUUAUGAGUUAUGUUCAAUACGAUGUUAUCUUCAAACACAAAUCACAAUAAUUAACAGUGGGGUACGUAAUUAUAUCGUAAUUAGGGUGUAAGUUACCUGAGUACCCACUACUACGAAUAGUAUACCUAGUUAAUAAUUAAUGAUUAACUAAUUUGUUAAUGAUUAUUACUUUUCACCUCAUUAUCCUUUUUUACCUGUAUGAAUUUAUCAUAUAAAAGGGUUGACUAAAAUUAUUUUCUUACAGUUCCCUGUGAUCCCUUACCUAUACCAGGUGAUAACAGUUUGCAUUUCUCUUUUGCAAACUAAAAUAUUAUCCUAAUUGUUCUCUAAGAUUUCACGAUGCAGUUAAUCAGUGUUUUAGUUGUGUUUACUGUCUUUUUCGUAGUUUCAACCACUGCUGCCGAUAUUAAAGCACCGGAUUUCAUCCACUCGUGCCCUGUGGCGACCCCAGCGUGCCUGAAGCGCGCGCUCCAAGCCGCCAUCCCGGGCUUCGUGCGCGGGGUGCCCGACCUCGGCAUCGACCCCCUGGACCCCUUCAAGGUGGACCGGCUGGCGCUGACGCUGCCCGGAGGCAUCAACGUCACCAUCCUGCACGGCGUCACCACGGGCUUCGGGAAAUGCAAAGUCAUUAGUGCCGAUAUGCGCAACAACAACGUGGAGGUGAAGGUGCGCUGCAACGUGGUGGUGACCGGCAAGUACCAGUCGUCCGGCCGCCUCCUCAUCUUCCCCAUCGACGGAGAAGGCGACGCCGUCAUCAAGUGCAAAAACUUGGACAUCUCAGUGAGUAUGAAGCUGGGCGCGGCGGCGGCGCGGGGCGGGCGGGAGUACCUGCAGCUGAAGAGCUACAAGAGUCGGCACCAGUACAGCGGCGCGGUGACCUACCACAUGACCAACCUCAUCCGGAACAGCCCCGACAUCAGUGCUCGAGUGGUGCAGUUCAUGAACUCGAACUGGCGUAUGAUCGCCGAGGAGUUCGGAGACCCGGUCGUGCAGUUCGGAGUGGACAGCAUCAUGAGCAACGUCCGCCGCCUGCUGAGCCGAGUGCCAAGAGAAAUGGUUGUCAGUGCUCCUGCGCAAUAG